GCUAGCUAGCUCACACGUGCUUCACACAAAUAUGGCGGAAGGCAGUGAAAGGGAAAGAACAUCAGGUAGAAAUAAAAUGGACCGGUCUCACGAAAAUGACUUAAAUGAUGAGGAGGAAAACGGCUACGAGGAAGAGCCGGACUUCAGUGAUCCAGAGAGCUACGUUGACAAUAUUACAGAUGAAGAGCUACUAGGCGACAUACUUCGAACCAAACCAAAGGAAGCAUUGGGCAUUGAUUCUGUGAUUGUCAUCGACAACAUACCCCAGGUUGGAACAGAGAGGUUGCCUAAGCUGAAGAAUGUGAUCAGGAAAGUCUGUAGCAAGUAUGGAGAGAUCAGCACAGAGCAUUACCCAGAAUCAGAGGAUGGCAAGACUAAAGGGUAUGUGUUUGUCGAAUACAAAUCACCUGAGAAUGCCAUUGAGGCUGCCAAGCAGCUGAGUGGAUACAAGCUUGAUAAACAACACACGUUCGCUGUCAACUUGAUCACUGAUUUUGACAAAUUCAUGAAUCUACCAGAUGAAUGGACUUCACCUGAGAAGCAGCCAUACAAAGAUCAUGGUAACAUGAGAAAUUGGUUGCUUGAUAAGGAAUGUAACGAUCAAUACAGUGUGAUCUCUGACGGUGGUGAGACGACUGCUAUCCUACUCAACAGCAAGACGGAGGCUAACGUCGUAGAGGAGAGGAAGCGCUGGACAGAGACGUACAUACGCUGGUCUCCGUUAGGGACCUACCUUGUCACCUUCCAUCAGAAAGGUAUUGCAUUGUGGGGAGGAGAAAAUUUCCAGCAGAUUCGAAGGUUUGCCCAUCCUGGUGUGCAGCUCAUUGAUGUAUCACCGUGUGAAAGGUAUAUAGUGACCUUCAGCCCCCUGAAUGACCCAAGAGAUGAGACACAAGCAAUCAUUAUCUGGGAUAUCAAGACAGGCAUCAAGAAGAGAGGAUUCUCCUGUGAUAAUGCUUCUAAUUGGCCAGUCUUCAAGUGGAGUCAUGAUGGAAAGUUCUUUGCUAGGAUGGCAGAAGACACACUCGGUAUAUACGAGACCCCAUCAUUCGGGCUGCUAGAUAAAAAGAGUCUCAAAAUACCAGGAAUUAGGGAGUUCUGUUGGUCACCUGCAAGUAAUAUCAUGAGUUAUUGGACACCUGAAGAGAAAGAGAAUCCGGCUCGAGUGACGCUGAUGGCCAUCCCAUCGAGGAAAGAAUUGAGAGUCAAGAAUCUCUUCAGUGUAGCUGACUGUAAACUCCAUUGGCAGAAACAAGGUCAUUACAUGUGCUGCAAGGUGGAUAGGCUCUCCAAGAGCAAAAAGAACCAAUUCACCAACUUUGAGAUCUUCCGAAUGCAAGAGAAGCAGAUUCCAGUGGAUUCAAUUGAAGUGAAAGAAACCAUCAUGGCGUUUGCUUGGGAGCCUACAGGAAACAAGUUUGCUAUCUUACUUGGGGAAUCCCCUCGUAUCUCAGCAAGCUUCUACAACAUCAAGCCAAAGGGAAAAGUCGAGCUUAUCAAAACUAUUGAAAGGAAAACGGCCAAUAGUCUCUUCUGGGCCCCAACUGGUCAGUUUGUUGUGUUAGCUGGUCUUAGGAGCAUGAAUGGUGUAUUUGAGUUCAUUGAUACUGGUAAUGAUACCAUCACAGUGAUGAAUUCUACAGAACACUUCAUGGCAACCGAUGUAGAAUGGGAUCCUACUGGUCGCUAUGUCAUCACAGGGGUCAGCUGGUGGAGUCACAAGGUUGACAAUGCAUACUGGAUCUGGAGCUUCCAGGGUAAGCUGCUGCAGAAAUGUGACCGAGAGAGAUUCUGUCAAGCUCUCUGGCGCCCUCGACCACAAACACCGCUCACAGAAGAGAAGAUCAAGGAGAUCAAGAAGAACAUGAAGUCUUACAGCAAGAUAUUUGAGAUCCAGGAUGCCAAGAAGAAAUCCAAGGCCUCCAAGGAGCUCAUUGAGCGACGUCAGCAGCAGAUGAAUGACUUCAAGGAGAUCGUAGAGAGGAUGAAGAAGAGAUAUGAUGCUGAGAAGGAGACAAGAUUGGGACUACGUGAUGGUGUGGAUACCGAUGAGCUUGAACAUGAUGACGAUAACGAGGAGGAGGUGGUCGAAUUCUUUAUUGGAGAAGAGUGCACUGAAGUCGAUGAAUUCGAACACGAGUAGCCGAGACGAUAUCCCACUACGUUUUGAAUCCUAGAGGAUUUUGCUCGAGAGUCAUCCUCUGGGGUUGUCGCCUGCCUGCCUGCCUUCCUGUCAGUUUGUGUGGAGAGAUCUAACAAAGAAAGAAAGAGAGUACACCUCAUCAUAUAGACCAAGAAACCAUUUGAACUGGUCUAUAUCUCGUUUAUAUUAUCUGAAUUGGUAGUUGGUAUAUUAGAAUUGUCGUUGAAUUUCUGUGUGAAAAUUGUUCAUUGCAUUUAAUCAUUAUUUACAAGCCUUUAAGGAAUUUUCUUAUCACCUUUAAGUUACACUUUUUUCUCUUCAGAGUAAUAGACAGUAGUUUGGAAUCUAACUUAUCUUUGUAAUACAUUGCUGAUAAUACCACAAUAUAUAUUAAAUUAACACAUAACUCUUCUGAUAAGUAUUAAGCAGUAACAAUUGAUUUGCUGUCAUUACAAAGGGUACUUCAGUACACACUGCAGAUUUCUUCCUUCAAGAAGAAAGUUAUUUAUCUGUAGUUGUCGUCAGAUCUGUAAGGAAUUUAGUAACGUAAAUCUCUUGGAGAAGUUAGGCAUAUUAUAUUUAUUCAUCUCCAUAUCUAUCAAUUCAUUCCAAUCUUCUGUUAUCUCCUUUUUGUUUUGUUUGAGCUAGUAAUUGCUCAACCAUGUGUUUGUUAGAUAACACAUGCUAUAUGUCAGAAUUUGUAGAGCUGCUAUUUUACUGGGUAGAGAGAUCGUUUCCCUUUCAUAAGAACGUAAUUUGUUCAACAUCAUGUGUCCUAAAGACUCCACAUUAUCAUUUGUCUCUAACAUGCCUUCAUUAUAUACGUGCCUGCUCAGAGAUGAACGGUCCAAUGAUUGAUGAAUCUAUGCUUGAAGCUAGUAACAUUCACCAAUCAUGCACAAAGUCAACCUCUCAAAAUUAUGGAAAGAAUAAACGAACAUGGUGUAGGUUGAACAGACUUAGAACUCUAGGUUCUUCAUGGAGUUGUAGCUGCCAUGUGAUAGGAAGAGUUAGAUCAGCUCCUUCAGAUGUUACAGCUAGCUCUGACCGCCAUACCAGUGUCAGGGAUUGUGACUGUCACUGCAAAGAUGUUAAGUUUACCAAGAACAACAAACCAAUGUUUGGUGGAAGAUUAGAGCAUGUAUUCAGUUGUGGCAUCGAGUGGUGGGUAAACUGUACAAGAAUCCUAUGCGAGUCUUCUUCAUGUCCAGUUCAUGUGAAUUCAAAUUCAACAAUCAUUAUUUGUUCUAAUUGCAACGAUCACUUAUCGGUAUGUAAACGACACUGGAAGCAAUACAGAGUGCUUCUAUGUCGUGCUCUUCUGAUAAAAAUGCUUCUUUUGUCUAAAUUAUCCCAAUAUACUUCCAAAAGAUGUUGUAUGAAUGCACGUUCAUCAAGCAGUUUGUGGUUAGCGAUGUGUCAUUGUGCCACACAUUAUGGCAUGUACCCAGACCCAUUUAGGAUAGCAUAAUAAAGAAACUCUUUAGAUUUAACAAA